GGGGUGUUGCAAGGUUGGGCAUUGAAGCAGCCUGGCCUAAGGAUGAUUUCAAGGUGCCAUAGCCAUUCCUGAGAACCAGUCAUGAUGCUUCUUUGAGACCACCGGCGUUUUGGCAUCAGAACCGUGAUCUGCACCUGCCAUCUAAGAUCUUGGGUGCGCUCUGCAAACAGUCAUGAAGCAUUAGGCCCUCCAUGUCCCAUCAUCACCAGAACUGUCGAUGGCUUCGGUAGAAUCCACUGGGUCAGAAGCUCUCCCUGUGGACCCAGAUCUCCCCGCACCUCUGGCCUCCAAGAAGAAGAAGAAGAAAUGGAAGGAGAAGGACAAGGCCCCUGCAGAGGCAGGGGAAGGAGGAGACAAGCCUCUGAAGAGCCAAGCUGAGAUUGAAGGCCUCACCAAGGCAGGCCACCAGGCCCUGUUGCUUGGGGAGGCUCAGGAAGCCUUGGCUUGCUUCAAGAAGGCCUUUCUCUUGUCAUUGGAAACCCCGAGCGCGCAGGUCCAGAAGGCCUGUGCUUUCAACCUGGGGGCGGCCUACGUGGAGACCGGGAAGCCAGAAAAGGGCCUGGAGUUCCUACUCAAGUCCCAGCCCAAGGAGGGGGAGGCUGGGGAGCACUUGGGAGACCUUUACUUUAACAUCGGGGUGGCCCAUGAGGGGCUACAGGACUUCCCCAAGGCCCUGGAGCAUUUCCGCAAGGCCUUGGGUCACUACUGCCCAGCCCAGGCUGGCAACCAGGCCGGCGCCUAUAUGAAGAUGGGCUACUGUUACUUGGGGAUGCAGGACCCUUCGCGGGCAGCCCAGUGUUUUCAGGAAGCUGGGCAGGCCUACACCGCAGCUGAGAAGCUAGAAGGUGCCGUGGUGGCCCUGGCUGAGGCCAGUAAUUACAUGCUGCAGAGCCGGUGGUACGGGGCAGGGGAGAUCAUUGAGGUGCUGAACAAAUGCCAGCUGCUGUGUGAGAACAUCCCAAACAAAGUCUUGCUGGGCAAGGUCUACAACGACAUGGGCCUCAGUUACGCCCAGCUCAAGGUCUUCUCCCUGGCAGCCGAAAGCUUCGAGAAAGCCCUCCCGCUCUGCCAAGCCGACCAGGCAGACCGGCGCAAGGAAGCCGUGGUGCUGCAGAACCUGGGCGCCGCCCACAACACCUUGGAGAACUUUGGCGUGGCUCUGGGGUUCCACCAGAGAGCGGCUUUGCUGCACGGUAUGCUGGGGAACAGAAAGGCUCAAGGUCAGUGUUUUGGCAACUUGGCCUAUGCAUUCAGCCAGCUGGGGGACCAUGAGGCUGCGGGGGAGAACUAUCUGCACGCCAUGCAGGCCUUCAAGGAUUCGGAUGACCUCCCUGGGCAGUGGCAGGCUUGUGAAGGGCUAGGAGCAGCCCGCUUCCACCUAGGAGACCCCGAGAAGGCGAUCCUGCAUUACAAGGAGGCACUAACGUUGCUCUCGAAGUGCCGGGACGUCCCCGAAACCGCCCAGGAGCGGAUCGUGAACAAGCUCACGGAUGCCAUCCAGUACCAGCUCUCCCUGAACAGCCGCUUCUCCCACGGGGGCGGGAUCGCCGCGGCUGCACCACUGAAACACUUUCCUGGGACGUUACAGACCUCCAGUCAGGUCCGGUUUUCCACAGCCCUGCAGCAGGGGCAUGGGAACAGGCCCCAGCCAUUGCACCAGGGAAGCAAUUCGUCCUUCGUGAAGCACAUCCCCCCGGCAGAGACCACAGAGGAGCAAUACGAGUCUGUGCUGGGUGCUUCAAUGCAUGGGAGACCUUCUCCGCAGCGAAGGGCCCGGGGUGACUCACAGCACACCGGGAGGCAGCCUCUGCAGGGACCAAGUUACAGGGCUUCAGCGGUGGGUGCUGCUCAGACAACAGUCCUGGUGGAAGGAUCCACGCUAGAUCACAGAGACCCACGCUGCCACCCGGUGCUAGCACACAAUCGCUGCGAGGAGCUCAGCAGCGCUCUCAUGGCUCCAGAAUAUCACAACCAGCCCCAGGCUAAUAGCAAUUUGAACAACACUUACCUGCACCCGGAUCCUUUCUACUACAACUGCCUGCAGAAUGGGAGACUCCAUCAUUCAUCGAAAAAUUUCACAGGCCCUCACGACUAUGAAACCCUCCGACUGAGAACAAGGACCCUGGAGCGAGCUGCUGCCAACCCAGCUGGAUGUCUCCCCGGCGAGAGACCAGAGCCUUGGCCACAGCAAAGGAGACGCAGGUUCGAGUCCAUAAUGUGCACGCUCAUGUGAUGGUAAAUUACAGAGGCUCGGCUUUGCUCUGCUCUGAGUAAACCAGGGAUGCUUAGACAUUGUGUCAUAGCAGAGUACAGGGCACGUUUACCCUUCUCUGUCUACAAAGCCCUCCACAGACUUCCCCCCCAACCUCUUCAAGGCACCGUCCUCCUCUCUGUCCCUCCACCACUGGUGCAAGGGCCUUCUCCUCUGCACCCCUCGCCCUCUGGAGCAACCUCCAUCUUGCCGAAUCCCCAGCUCAUUUCGACCGAGACACGAUGUCUGUCCACAAGUUGUUGGGCUCAGCAUAGGGGUGGCUGAGUGCAAUCCUCCAGCCGUGUAUUAGCCAGACUAGAGGACCACAGUGGUCCUUCCUGACAUUAAAAAUCCACGAUGCAAGUUUAGAUGAUAAACUCUUUGGGGCAGGGACCAUCAUUUUGUACAACUCCUCGCACCAUGGGGUCAGGAUCCAUGACUGGGGCUCCUGGGUGCUAUGGCUUACAAAUAAUAAAAUGCAAAUAUAGCUUUCCUCCCUCCUUUCUUGCCUUU